AUGGCUGCAUGGCUGGUAGAUGAGCUGAGAAAGUACCCGGUGACACAGGGGAAAAGCGUAAAAAACUCCGUAGAAUUGGUUAAGCAGGUGGAGAAUCUGGAAAUCCGUAGGGGGGAAAUCCUAGUAUCCUUCGAUGUGACUGCCCUGUUCCCAAGUGUACCUGUGAAUGAAGCCAUAAAAUACUUGCGCACACACCUAGAACGUUACCGUGCCCCCCCAAAUCACAUUGAGGCCUAUAUGUCAGUGGCCGAAUUAUGUAUGAAACAAAAUUUGUUUAUGUUCAGAGGAAAAAUUUAUAAACAGGUCUUCGGUCUAAGUAUGGGUAGUAAAUUGUCUCCACUGUUAGCCGAAAUUUUCAUGUCCAAUUUCGAGGUUGAAGCUGAAGGAAAUAAACUCUUCCCUCGGAUAUGGAAACGGUAUGUGGAUGACAUUUUUGCUUUGGUGAAGGAACGCACGCUAACACAAACUCUCGACUUUCUUAACUCACGGCACACCACAAUCAAGUUCACGGUUGAAAAAGAAGUCGAAGGGAAACUUCCUUUCCUUGAUUUACUUAUUACACGGAAGGAUAACAAUAAGCUAAAAUUUGGAAUCUAUCGAAAGCCAACUUCAACAGAUCGUUACAUCACAGCUGACUCGAACCAUUUCGGUGGUCAAAAACAGGCCGCUUUUCAUUCCAUGGCCCAUCGCAUCUUCAACAUACCGAUGGAAGAACAAGAGUUUCUAGCAGAAAAAGAAACAAUAUAUAAAGCAGCCGAAUUGAACGGGUACGACAAACAGUUCGUCGACAAAAUCCUCCGUAAGCACGAAAGAAAGAAACACAGACGAGACGCUACCACUUUAAUACCGGAAAAUGAGGAGAUUCGAAGAGUCAGCCUCCCGUUUUACCCUACCAUCACGAAUCCACUGAAGCAUACCCUCCGCAGAUAUGGAAUAAAUAUUGCACAUAAAAGCGUUAACACUUUACGUGAACUUCUGGUUAACCUGAAGGACAAAGUUCCACAAGACGAACAAGCUGGAAUUUAUAAAAUACCGUGCAAAGACUGCGACGCGGUAUAUAUCGGGCAAACACGAAGAAAAGUUAAAGUGCGGCUUAAAGAGCAUAGAAGAGCAGUAGAAAUGAACAAAACGAGUGAAUCCAGUGUAGCAACACAUACAGUGAGUAACCAACACGAGAUCGAUUGGGAUAAGGCGGGUCUGAUCAAAAGCAUCAAUAAAACUGGUCUCCUCAAUGCUUGGGAGUCAAUGUACAUUGCGACGGCCAAACAACCAUUGAUGAACGACGACGAUGCACCGAUCAACUCAAUUCUCUUCAACUUGACAACGGGGAGAAAGUAA